UCCUUCAAACGGGCCGGAUCCAACCCAAACCGUAAAACAGUUGACCCAAAUUGGACAAUCAGCCCUCAACUUCCCGCCGUUAACUUUGCUCAGUUUCCUUCUCUUUCUGCAGCAAGCUCCUCACUUCCUUUCUCUGUAUUAUUCACUAUCUCACGCUCAAAACCCUUUAAAGCUGAAAAAGGAGCUUGAUAUGGAGGAAGAAAAGGAAUUGAAGAAAGAGAAGAAAAACAUCCCUGUAUUGCCAUGGAUGAGAAAUCCAAUUGAUAUUACUACCUUUGACCAAUGCUCUCUCGAUUUUGUGCCUUUUCUUGACCCCAGGUUAGUGGUGGCUUUGAAGAAUAUGAGCAUCACUUCACUCUUUCCUGUGCAACUUGCUGUCUGGCAAGAGACAAUUGGACCUGGCUCAUUUGAACGAGACCUUUGUAUAAAUUCACCUACUGGGAGCGGAAAAACUCUUGCUUAUGCGUUACCAAUUGUUCAGAUGUUGUCUACACGUGCUGUAAAAUGUCUUCGUGCACUAGUGGUCUUGCCUACCAGAGACCUCGCUUUGCAGGUCAAAGAGGUUUUCUCUGCUCUUGCACCUGCAGUAGGUUUGUCCGUCGGCUUGGCAGUUGGUCAGUCAUCAAUUUCGGAUGAAAUUUCUGAGCUCAUCAAGAAACCUAAUGUUGAGUAUGGCAUAUGUUAUGAUCCUGAAGAAUUCUCAUACGAGUUACAAAGUGCAGUAGACAUAUUAGUGGCAACACCUGGAAGACUGAUGGACCACAUCAGUAACACUGAUGGUUUUACCCUUAAGCAUCUAUGCUAUCUUGUUGUUGAUGAAACAGAUAGGUUAUUAAGGGAAGCUUAUCAGUCCUGGCUGCCUACUGUCAUUCAGCUGACCAGCUUUUCUAUUGAUGGGAACUUCCCUUCUGCUGAUGAUCUUCUUCCUUGCAGUUAUGGUUCAUUGAAGACAAUAAGGAGAGUGGGCACAGAAAGAGGGUUCAAGGGCAAAGCCUAUCCAAGGCUUGCAAAGAUGGUUUUAUCAGCCACACUAACACAAGACCCAAGUAAACUUGCUCAGCUUGAUUUACAUCAUCCUCUUCUUUUGACGACUGGAGAAAGACGUUACCAGCUGCCUGAAGAACUCAAAUCAUUUAAAGUGAUAUGUCAAUCGAAGCUUAAGCCACUUUAUCUAGUUUCCCUUCUUCAAAGUCUGCAAGGGGAGAAAUCAAUUGUUUUCACAUCAUCUGUGGAGUCCACUCAUAGAUUAUGCACCUUGCUUAAGUUUUUCGACAAUUUGCAAAUUGAGUUCAAGGAGUAUUCUCGUCUUCAACGUCAAUCUGUAAGAAGCAAGACGUUGAGCGCCUUCAGGGCAGGACAAGUGCAAGUGCUUAUUUCCUCUGAUGCUAUGACUCGUGGAAUGGAUGUUGAAGGAGUUAGAAAUGUCGUUAACUAUGACAUGCCUGCGUAUAUAAAAACAUUUAUUCAUCGGGCGGGUCGAACUGCAAGAGCAGGCCAAAGUGGGUGUUGCUUUACUUUAUUACGCAAAGACGAGGUUAAGCGGUUCAAGAAGCUGUUACAAAAAGCUGACUGUGACUCUUGCCCCACCUAUUCUGUUUCUUCUGAAGUUAUAGAGUCAUUCAACUCUGUGUAUACCUCAGCUUUGGAGAAACUUAGAGAGAAUGUUGAAUCGGAAAAGUUUCAGAAGAGCAAGAUUAGAUUGAAGUCUUCAAAUGUCAGAAAGAAGUGAAAAGCUGCCGCGGGGAUAACUUCCAUUUUCUUAACCGGUGUAGUACUGAAUUGCCAAGCAAGGUAUGAUUACACCAUAGUGGAUGCCGUGCAAAAUGGUUAACAGAAGAAAGUGUUCCGAUGUUUCUUUUUGACAGUGGAGAAGACGAAGUGCAUGGAAGUUUGCGCCGCUAGCUCUCAUGUGGGUGGAUUGGAAGGAACGAAAUAAGAGAGCUUUUGAGGGUGUAGAGAUGAAUUUUGUGCAGUUAAGGAGUAGUAUUUUAUCCCUUAUUUCUUUUUGGUGCACCAAUAAGAUUCCUUUAUGUGUAGAAGAAUGGGUGUCGUUCUUGGAAAACCAUCUCGUUUUGUAGGUUUUCUUCUUUUUGGUAUACUUCUUGUAUGUGACCAUGUUUUGCUCAAACAUUUAUAAAAUUAUUAGUUUAUCAAAAAAAAAAAAAAGGGGGCCGAAGGAAAGCCUUGUAUGAAGAACCUUUUAUGAUGGUAUUUUAAUUAUAUAGUUAAACUCGAGCCUCUCUGCCUUUACUUUGGCCACUUAACGCGUAAGUUGGUAAUUUAUGAAGCUACCAGAUUUCAUUAGAUCCAUGUUGUUUCAAUGGAAGAAGAAGCUAAGAAUGUCAGUCAAUUACAUCUGAACUAUCCGUUAUUUAUUUGGAAAUGCCGCUAGUAUGCAGAACAACGGCUGUGAAGUGGCUGUAAAGAUGAGAGGUGACUCCAGCCUGUCGAGAGGAUGAUACCAAAGGAACAAGGACAAGGGGGUUAUGGUGCUGAAACCUCGUGAACCAGACAACAAGGAAAGAUGAACCUGGUGGGGGAACUAAAAUCAGGGAAAAGGAAGGAGGAGAAGAAGAAUGAUGAAUUCCUGAUAGCAAGGAAACAGAGGUGGGAAGAAUGAGGGAACUUUUUAUGGAAAGGAGAAUAAACCACAAAAUGGGUAGACUACUGAAGGGGGAGAGAAAAGGAAGCAGGGGAAACUGAAAACUGAAAAUGCAAGGGAACUAGACUAUCAAAGGAAGUCUAAGGGUAGGGAGAGGGGAGGGAGGAGGGGAGAGGGUCAGAAGAUUGAAGUUGGAGGGUAAACUGACUCACACAUUAAGAAUGAUGGUUUCUUGUUGUUUGGGAGCAAAUCACUAGUUCAGAACAAAACGCUGGGCAGAAAGACCAGUUAGUAUUAUAUAGCAGGAAAGGGGAGCAGUAGAUUCUUUUGAUGUAAAGUUACUAAUUGAUUGUAUUAAGCAUGGACGUUUCGACAUUCUCGUAUUCUGACCUAGUUAGGUGCUGCUGAGUUCACUGAGCUAUAACUUGUUAAUAUAUGCUUGUUACUCCUUCCUUAGUGCUUGUUUUAUGGAAUACAAUGCUCUGUUUAUUUAUAAAAGAAACACAGAAAGUACUGUGCAAACAAUUUCUUCAGCCGUAUAGAAAUAACUUUAGGAAUAUUUAAAGAAGUAGCAAUAGAAGUUCACUGCUAGUUAGAUGGAGGAAUUUUCCUUACUCCCACAGGUUACAUACAAACAAUAUUAUCUAGUCUCCUCAAAGCUUGGACUCUAUCCAAGCUUUGCAGACUUAGUAACUAAGUAAGAGAAAAAAAUUGCAGAAGGAAAACAUUUAGAAAUCAGUAGACUGGUCCGGAAAUUAAAAAUUGAAAGAACUCUCAGCAAGUCUAAGUAGAUACUUCAGCUGCCAAAUACAGAAAAAGAUCUCUGAACUUCUUUGAGGAAAUAUUUAGAAUUUUUUGCAUUUGAAGAUGAAGCAGAAUAAGCUGAAGAUGCUGAAGGUGAAGGACUCUUCCAAGAAAGUGACUCGCUUGUGCCAACUUCCCUCUCCUCCUCAUUGAUGGUAUCUAGCAUCUUCGAUGCUCGGUGUCUCAUGACAUUUACAAACUGUGGUGGUGCUACCUCUGUAACAAACCUAGCAAUACGAGCAUUUGCCAUUUUCUUUAGUAGGUUUUGGGAGAGACUUUCGAGGGAAAGGUGCAAAAUACUAUGUAGAAUUGUAGAAGUUGUGUUUGAGAAGGUGGGUUGUAUGACUAAAAAAACACAAAAGGAUGAAAUUUAUAGGGGUGCAGAUUAGAUUAUCCAUCUAUGGUCUGGCUUAAAUUGCCUAAGUCAUCUUAAUCGAAAGGCUUUUAUCAUUUUUAGCUGUUAGUGCCGCACUUACUUUUCAUAUUAAUUGCAAUAUAAAGAUGUUUCCCAUUGCAGUCAUCCUCUUGAUGAGAUAUCCUCAUAUAUGGGACCUCAGAAUAUAAUGUGUCUAUGCAUGAGUAGAAAAAAACACAUAACUUAAAUAUGCGGCAUUUGUUGCCAUUGAAAGCUUCCAAUUUUGAACUUUUCCUCAUCGAGCUGGAACCUGCUGAUUGAAUGACACAUGUCCUUUCUGCAUUUAGUGAUUCACAGCAUAUGCACAAUUAUUGUGAUUGAUUGUGUGCAUGUUAACAAAAGGCAUCUCGCUGGAGAUGCAUUUGUACCUUUCUAGAAUUGUAGUAACUUGAUUAAGCAUCUACUAAUACCUCUAUGUGGGUUAUCUGCUAGAGACUUGUUUAUUUCCUGCAGUAUAUUUAUAAAAACUAUAUUUCAUCAGAUAUUACUGAUCAACAUUGUAACACAAUGUCAACACCCACGCCUUAACUUGUUUGUUUGAAUAACCUUUAGUUAAUGGCGUGAAGAAUGAGGACCUUUAGUUAAUGGCUUUUUAACCUUAAUUAUACAGUUCAACUCGAGCUGCUCUGGCUUUUACUAUGGACACUUAUAGCCUGUUUGGCCAAGCUGGAGAAAUCAGCUUAUUUUGAGAAGUGCU